CUACAAUGAAGGUUGUAGCAACAGUUCAUUUCUUCAUUCAUGUAUGUGAAAUGAUUAGCUUCAGUGUGGAACACUAGUUCUUAUAAUAAUAAGAAAUCUACUAAUUAUCCUUAUAUCGAACUAUAUUUUUCAUAACCAGAAACAUAACCUACAUCAUUAAUGAUGGAGGAAGAUGGUGGUAAAAGAAUGAGAGGCAGAACUCGUGGUAGAGCUCGUGGAAGAGCUAGAGGCAGGGCAAGAGGUAGAUCGAAGAAACAGGUUAAGAUUAUUGAAAGUGAUGAAGAAGAUACUCCUCAACAAGUAGAAGAAACUCCAGCAGAAGGAGUUGGAACUGAAUUAGAAGAACAUGAAGCUCCACCAACACAGCAACCUUCUUUGGAGCAACAGUUUGAUUUGGAGGCUGAUAUAUCACAGUUGGAAGCUCCAACUUUCACAACUAUUAACAGAGGACCUCCAGAACCAAUGCUUCGUUUAAGAUGGGACCAUAGAGUUAAUCUCAUUGGAGAAAAAGUAUUGAAUCCUAUGAUACAUUGUUGUGACAAAUGUUUAAAACCGAUUCUCAUUUAUGGACGCAUGAUACCUUGUAAACAUGUGUUUUGUUUAUCUUGUGCCAAAAGAGAAGAUAAAGUUUGUCCUCGUUGUAUGGAAAAAGUUUCCAGAGUUGAACAAACUGGCUUAGGUACUGUAUUUAUGUGUACACAUGGGGGAACCAGAUAUGGAAAUGCAGGUUGUAGAAGAACAUAUCUUAGUCAAAGAGAUUUACAGGCUCACAUAAAUCAUCGUCAUAUAUCGGCUCCACCGCAACAAGUUCAAGGAAUGCAGGUUGAUCCUCCUCAGUAUGUGCAUAAAUCAGAUAUAGAAUCACAGUUAACUAAAGUUUCAUCAGUUGCAAUGCAGAAUCCUCGCAUAAAAUCGGUCCAAUCGCAUAUGGUUCAACCAAUAAUGGGAAAUGAUCCUAGAGUAAAUUCGAUGGUCAAUCAAUCCCCGGUCGAACAUAGACAACAUAGGCCGCAGGCCUUAAUAUCAAUGCAAAAUUAUACUCAAAACUCUGGACCUCCUCCACCAAAUAAUGCUCCAUUAAGAACAAAUCUGAUAACUGUGCCCAUUCAAGAUACAGCUAUAACAACACAUGACAUACAUACACAGCAGAGUCAUCAUUACUAUCCUCCUCCACCACCUCAAGUCAAUUAUGGAGGAUACAAUGUGCCACCACCAGUUUCUCAAACACAACAAUAUUAUCCACAACCACAACAUCCUGCUCAAGUAUCUUAUGUGCCACCACCUCCACCUCAGCAACAACAGUAUGUGUCUUCAACACCGACUUCAAUAAGGCCGUCUCCAACAGGAUAUAUACAAGAUCCGUCGUAUGGUCCACCACCUCCUCAACAACAAGCUCCACCACCACAGACUCAAUGGUCACAACAUCAGCAACAGUUUUAUAGGUAAAAAAAAAAAAAUACUGUUUUUAUUAAAAAUUUAUGUGGUGGUAUCGGUUGUGAUGACAUUGUUGUGGGAAAAAGAUACGCAUUCAAAAAUGAUUAUAGAUAUCGUUUUUGAAAAUACGCUGUCCAAUAUUAGAGAAUAUCAAACUCGAAAUAUUUUAUACUUUUCAAGGACUAUAAUUACAGCACUCAGUGGCUAAACUUAUACAAUACUAUAGCAAUAAAGCUGAUUUAAUUAUGCAAA